UCAGGGCUCACCUAUAGCCCACAGCAGACAUCAUGCAAUGUCUGGAUUUAAGAGAUCUUUUCACCGUAGCUCAGUUCAUAAAGGCCAGGUGUCAACAUGGCCUGAAAGCAAGUACCACGAAGGAUAAGAAUUAUGUUUUUUUCGAGGUGGAGAUUGUGGAUCCCAAGAGCAAAGUGCAGCUCUGCUACCUGGAUAAGGUAGAACCCAAUGCCACCAUUGCAGAGAUUAAGACGCUGUUGCACAAAAUUUACCCCAAGUUUUAUCCAUCAAGGCAAGCACUGAAGCUGCACCCUGAGGGAAAAGCCCUCAGUGAUGAUGACGUGCUGGAAGACCUACCAGUCGGUACAACUGCAACAAUGUUCUUUCAGGAUCUUGGCCCACAGUUAGGGUGGACUAUGGUAUUUCUGGCAGAGUGUCUUGGGCCACUUUUUGUUUAUCUGUUGUUCUACUUUCGGCUUCCGUACAUCUACGGCCCUGAGUACGACUACACACAAAGUCCAUUCAAAGUUGUCAAACUAGCCUGCUGGUGCCACACUCUUCAUUACAUUAAGAAACUUGUGGAAACUAUUUUCAUCCAUCGGUUUUCAGAUGGGACUUUACCUUUACGCACUAUCAUGCAGCCCACAGCAGACAUCAUGCAAUGUCUGGAUUUAAGAGAUCUUUUCACCGUAGCUCAGUUCAUAAAGGCCAGGUGUCAACAUGGCCUGAAAGCAAGUACCACGAAGGAUAAGAAUUAUGUUUUUUUCGAGGUGGAGAUUGUGGAUCCCAAGAGCAAAGUGCAGCUCUGCUACCUGGAUAAGGUAGAACCCAAUGCCACCAUUGCAGAGAUUAAGACGCUGUUGCACAAAAUUUACCCCAAGUUUUAUCCAUCAAGGCAAGCACUGAAGCUGCACCCUGAGGGAAAAGCCCUCAGUGAUGAUGACGUGCUGGAAGACCUACCAGUCGGUACAACUGCAACAAUGUUCUUUCAGGAUCUUGGCCCACAGUUAGGGUGGACUAUGGUAUUUCUGGCAGAGUGUCUUGGGCCACUUUUUAUUUAUCUGUUGUUCUACUUUCGGCUUCCGUACAUCUACGGCCCUGAGUACGACUACACACAAAGUCCAUUCAAAGUUGUCAAACUAGCCUGCUGGUGCCACACUCUUCAUUACAUUAAGAAACUUGUGGAAACUAUUUUCAUCCAUCGGUUUUCAGAUGGGACUUUACCUUUACGCACUAUCAUGCAGAUUUGUCUAUACUACUGGGGGUUCGCAGCAUGGCAGGCCUAUUAUAUCAACCAUCCGCUCUACACCCCAGCAACCUAUGGGAAACUUCAAAUCUACUCUGCACUGGCAAUGUUUCUGAUCUGUGAGUGUGGAAACCUCUCUGUUCACUUGGUUCUGAAUCAAAUCAGCUGUAUUGGGUCCAGGCCUAUAGAGAUCCCUUAUCCCACAAGGAAUCCUCUCACUUGGCUAUUUUUCUUCGUAUCCUGCCCAAAUUACACAUAUGAGGUGGGAUCGUGGCUUAGCUUCACAGUCAUGACACAAUGUGUUCCAGUUGGAGUUUUCGCAUUUUUGGGUUUUGCUCAGAUGACUAUGUGGGCUCGAGCGAAACAUAAAACCUACAUCGAAGAGUUUGAAGACUAUCCUGUGCUGAGAUCAGCCAUCAUUCCACUGUUCCUCUAGAUCGCUUCAGCGGAGG